AUGUUUUCAAACACUGAGGCCAACCCAGACUCUCCCUGUCCUACAAACUCAGGUGUCUACCUGGCGGCUCAGAGGUACAGCGACAAACGACACCUGGAAGCCCCCAAAGUCUAUGUGCCACCACCUACUCUCGAGUACCACGACGGCAAGCCUUCUUUCAGAGUUCUUGUCACUCCUUUUACCCAACACUCCACACAAUAUGGUAAUCCGGAUUUCUUGACCGCGCUGGUCACCAGUCACCAGCUGGAUUUGACCCACUCGAUGCUCAUAUGGCAGUACGAGAUGCGCAGAAGUGCUCAGUAUAUCCUUCCAUUCUUGCUGCUGGGCCCCAGCAGCUCGGCCAAGGACCCCGUGUUUGUGAAGCAAACGGGCAUCACCCUCCUUGUUGCCGUUCGCUCUACCAGAUCAUUGCUGACGAGACCGACCUUCCUCGAUCCUGCACGCUUUCCUUCGAGCUCGGGGCUUGCGACCUUGACUUUGGACUUUGAUCAUCCAAGCAAUUUCAUCCCUCUGGUCAAGUCGACUGUUCGAGCGAUAAAUGACCAUCUCGAGAUGUCAUGUGCCCGCACACCGAUCCAAGACAUUAACGACGUCCGCGGUAAGGUUCUCGUCUUUUGUGAGUCUGGAAAUGACCGAUCUCCGUUGUUGGUGGCCGCAUACUUGAUGAUUGUUUACGGAGUGGACGCGAUUUCUGCCAUUCAUAUCAUCCAGUCGCAGCGCUUCUGUAUCAGUUUAACGGACGAAACGAAGAAUGUUCUCCUAGAUUUGCAAGCAAUCACUCGAGCUGAACGCCAGGUCUCCGGCUCAAGUGCUGGCGCAUUGACUGACGGCGUCAAAGAGAGGGUGCCACCCAGAAUACUAGGCAAGCGCAGUUUGGAUGACUUCUACGACCCCAACGAGAACAUGAACCCUGGUUCCGAGCAUACGGAUUGCACUCAGGUUCGGGAAGGGGUGGCGCCGUUUGUGGACGUGUUCGAUUGA